GAGGAGUGGUCGCAUGCGCAGUAGCUGGGGAAAGACCGGUGUGUGUGUGUGCGCGAAUGACGUCGUUGGGGAGGCUGCAGAGGGUGCUUUUAAGUUUUAUACGUCAUUCAUGAGCUGCCUUUGCUUUAGCAGCUAUGGAUGACAAGGCUUCAGUUGGAAAAGUUAGUGUUUCUUCAGACUCGGUAUCCACUCUAAACAGUGAGGAUUUUGUCCUGGUUUCCCGCCAUGGUGAUGACACGCCUUCUACCAAUAAUGGUAGUGAUGAUGAGAAAACAGGACUUAAGAUAGUUGGAAAUGGAAGUGAACAGCAACUCCAAAAGGAACUCGAGGAUGUAUUAAUGGAUUCAUCAAUGGAGGGUCAUCGGGCUGCUAGAGAACCUUUGGAAGCAAUGCCGGCUUCUCCUGCAAGUGAAGAUUCACUGACUGAGGAUAUUUCCUUAACUCCAUCUCCUGUUUAUUCAGGGUUAAUGGUGGUGCCCCAGAAAACAGAUAUGACUCUACUAAUUAAACCAACACAAGGAAUGGAUUCUCCGAACUCCAGUCCCUCGACACCCAUACCAGAUGAAGACAGCGUUUUGUUCAGCAAACUCACGUACUUGGGAUGUGCUUCAGUGAAUGCUCCUCGGAGUGAAGUGGAAGCCCUCCGUAUGGUGUCCAUUCUGCGAAGCCAGUGUCAGGUCCCCUUAGAUGUGACACUCUCGGUGCCUAAUGUUUCCGAAGGAAUUGUGAGACUACUAGAUCCACAAACGAACACUGAAAUAGCAAACUAUCCAAUCUACAAGAUCCUUUUUUGUGUCAGAGGACAUGAUGGCACUUCUGAGAAUGAUUGCUUUGCCUUCACUGAAAGUCACUACAAUGCAGAAAUUUUCAGAAUUCAUGUCUUUCGAUGUGAAAUACAAGAAGCAGUAAGUCGCAUUCUCUACAGCUUUGCCACAGCCUUCCGACGGUCUGCAAAGCAGACUCCUCUCUCAGCAAAUCCACCAGCACUAACACCAGACAGUGAUAUAUUCACAUUUACUGUUUCAUUGGAGAUUAAAGAAGAUGAUGGCAAAGGAUAUUUCAGUGCAGUCCCCAAAGAUAAGGAUAAACAGUGUUUCAGACUCCGACAAGGAGUGGAAAAGAAGAUUGUGACCUACGUGCAGCAAUCGUCAAACAAGGAACUUGUCAUUGAAAGGUGCUUUGGCGUUCUUCUCAGUCCUGGCAAAGAUGUACGAAACAGUGAUAUGCAUCUUCUGGAUUUGGAAUCCAUGGGCAAAAGCUCAGAUGGUAAAUCUUAUGUAAUUACUGGAAACUGGAACCCCAACACACCACAUUUUCAAGCUGUAAAUGAAGAAACACCUAAAGACAAAUCAAUUUAUAUGACGAUAGCAGUUGACUUGAUCAUUAUUGAAGUUCAAGAGCCGGUCCGCUUUCUUCUGGAGACUAAAGUCAGAGUAUGCCCGCCUAGUGAAAGGAUGUUUUGGCUCUUUAGUAAACGAAGUUAUACAGAAACUUUCUAUCUGAAGCUGAAACAGAUUGAACGAAAAGAAAGAAAAAGUAACAGUGAUACACUGUAUGAGGUUGCAAGUUUGGAAAGCGAAUCUGAGCGUGAGAGAAGGAAAACCACAGCAAGCCCAACUAUGCGCUUAUCUCAUUAUGGUUUGGAGGGGUCCAUCAUCCCUUCACCUCCAGAGGAUGAUGAAGAGGAAGAUAAUGAUGAGCCUCUCUUGAGUGGCUCUGGUGAUGUCUCCAAAGAAUGUGGUGAAAAAAUUCUGGAAACAUGGGGAGAUCUGUUGUCUAAGUGGCAUCUGAACCUGAGUGUAAGACCGAAGCCACUGUCUACGUUAGUUAGAAGUGGAGUCCCUGAGGCUCUACGGGGUGAAGUUUGGCAACUACUUGCAGGAUGUCAUAACAAUGACCAGAUGGUAGAAGACUAUAGAAUUCUUAUCACAAAAGAAUCUCCCCAAGAUAGUGCAAUCACCAGGGACAUCAAUCGAACUUUUCCAGCACAUGAUUACUUCAAGGACACCGGUGGAGAUGGUCAGGAUUCCUUGUACAAGAUAUGCAAGGCCUAUUCGGUUUACGAUGAAGAGAUUGGUUACUGUCAGGGCCAGUCCUUUCUUGCUGCUGUGCUCCUUUUGCAUAUGCCUGAAGAGCAAGCGUUUAGUGUUCUGGUCAAAAUCAUGUUUGACUAUGGACUCAGGGAACUUUUUAAACAAAAUUUUGAAGACUUGCAUUGCAAGUUUUAUCAACUGGAAAGACUGAUGCAGGAGUACAUCCCAGAUUUGUACAACCACUUCUUAAACAUCAGUCUUGAAGCACACAUGUAUGCUUCCCAGUGGUUUCUGACUUUGUUCACUGCUAAAUUCCCACUCUAUAUGGUUUUCCACAUCAUUGAUCUGUUACUCUGUGAGGGAAUAAGUGUUAUCUUCAAUGUUGCACUUGCUUUACUGAAGACUUCAAAAGACGAUCUCCUAUUGACGGACUUUGAAGGGGCCCUAAAGUUUUUCCGUGUUCAGCUUCCUAAAAGGUAUCGCUCAGAGGAAAAUGCUAAAAAGCUGAUGGAGCUGGCCUGCAGUAUGAAGAUCGGCCAGAAAAAGCUUAAGAAAUAUGAAAAGGAAUACUUGGUAAUGCGGGAACAACAAGCUCAGCAAGAAGAUCCUGUUGAAAGAUUUGAGCGUGAGAACAGGCGUCUACAGGAAGCAAAUAUGAGAUUGGAACAGGAAAAUGAUGACCUUGCACACGAACUGGUUACUAGCAAGAUUGCACUCAGGAAAGACUUGGAUAACGCAGAGGAGAAAGCAGACGCAUUAAAUAAAGAGCUACUCAUGACCAAGCAGAAGUUAGUUGAUGCGGAAGAUGAAAAGAAGAGAUUAGAAAAUGAAGCCACUCAGCUGAAGGAGAUGUGCCGGAGAGAACUCGACAAAGCAGAAUUGGAAAUAAAGAAAAACAGUUCAAUUAUCGGGGAUUACAAGCAGAUCUGCUCCCAACUGAGUGAGAGGUUGGAAAGGCAGCAAUCAGGAAAUAAAACAGAGUUGGAACAAAUACGGCAAAAGGUUGAAGGCUGUGAUCGCUGCAGAGAGCUGUUCAGCAAAGAGGGUACACUUAAAAUUCUCAGUACUUCUAAGGAUACCUCAGAUGAAUAUCAAGAUAAAGAGAAAUCGUUAUUAAAGAACCAACUGAGGGAAAUGGAGCUGGAGCUGGCCCAGACCAAACUGCAGUUGGUGGAGGCAGAGUGCAAAAUCCAGGAUCUGGAGCAUCAUUUGGGUCUAGCAUUAAAUGAAGUUCAAGCAGCAAAGAAAACCUGGUUCAACCGAACAAUAAGCUCCAUUAAAACAGCAACUGGUGUACAGGGAAAAGAGACUUCAUAAGAAAGUCGUCUGGGUCAAUGAGGAAAAAAAUAAGUACCAAUCCUGGUCAAAAUGUGCUCACUUCUGAUAUAUACUAGGGGACCAGAAUGUGUGUUCUUGCAUAUACAAUCUGUGGAUUAACAUGGUUAACAGCUCCCAAAAAAAAGAAAAUCCGUAAGCAACAGCUUUUACCUUUAGAGUGGUCUUUAUACUGCUGAUGUUUAACACUCGCCAGACCUGUGCUACAGUAGUUUUGGCUCUAUUCUGUUCUCUUGAGACACGUGGACACUCCAUUCUACUGUCUUGUUUGAGACUUGCACAACUAAAGGUCAAAUUUAGAUACCAGGAAAACAAGCUCUUUCCACUUGAAAUAAAAGAAAAUUAACCGUUAACUUGAAAUAAUUUUUGAUUUUGCAUCUUCUGUAUACUCUUUUUGAUAUCAAUUUGUCUGUUUUGGAAUCAAAAAGUUGGUAAAUAAGCAAAGGAACACAGCUCCACGGACAAGCUGAAUUCAACGUAGUUUUUAACAUAAUCUGGGUUUCUAGUGGGGAGUCUGUAGAAUGGAGGCCUUUGCACCUUAUAUUAUCUAUUUAUAAUGGUUUAUGUUCUGCUGUUAGACACAUCCUUUGAGAGUGUCUGAGGGGCACUGAUUUGUACAUAAACGUGAAAGUUUGUUUAUUUUUUAAUUCUGCUUUUUUUUGGUUUCCUAAUGCUGCCUGGUGUAAUAUUUUAGCACAAGAGCUGAUGUGUCUAUGCUAGAGCUUUGUCUGAAUGUCAUACCACUGUUCUGUUUGUUUGAUGCCAAAUGUGUUGUAACUUCCUCAACAUUACGUGUAGACAUUGUGUUAGAAUACAGAAAUUAGGGUGAACUGUGUAUACUUAAUGCAUUGAAAUAUAUGCAGGUAUAAACUACUGAGUUUGAUUCCUCUUUUUGUCCUUACGUUACUAUUAAGCUCUAAUGUUGCAAUGUUCACCAGAUGUAAAUGGAAUACUAAUAUGUUGCCUAGCUCGAAGGUCUUGUUAAUUCUCAGAAAGGUUGCUAUGCAACAGAUUUGGUCCAACGGGCAAGUCUGUUUGGCGUGAGUUAUCGAGUUCUUUUCUUAAGACCAUGUGGUUCUUUCUGGAAUAGUAGUUUUUCAGACAAAGACCCUGCUUAGGGACCGGAGUGUGACGUUUUUAGAACAUUUUAGAAUUAGAAGUGAAAUGAUUCUCCUAUAGACUACAGAAUGAGAGAUAAUGUCAUCCCAAUAAUUGUUAAAACAGCUUACUAAUAUUACUGGGUUCUACCUUGGCCAGAGGAUUAUCAAAGACUCGGUGAUAUUCAUCAUGCGAAUAAUCAUGACACAACCCCGUGGUCUACUCCUCUAUUUGGUUACUAUGCCAACAGACUGCAACGCUGGCCUGAUAAAUUGUGGCUUUUAUGUGAGUGACCCAUGUAUCACAGUGUACUCAACUCUCAUUAAAUUGCGCAGUUUUUAAAUAAU